GCCCAGCGCGGUGCAGUUUCCUCAGGUGGUGUCAGUUGCGGCAGGACGGAGGUUUGUGUCGGGACUGUCCGUGCUCUUCGGGCCUCUCAGUGGGACAAAUCAUGGAAAUAAAUCCUGGAAACCUCACCCGGAGUUUAAGGAAAACUGAUUCAAAACUUCAGCUAUGAGGAACAAGGAUAACCGGACCCAGGAGAGGAUCUUUGGUGGCCGUUUGUGACACUGUGGAUCACUUUGACUCCGUCCAGGUGUGGCUGCUGUGCUCACCUGGGGCUGCGUGUUUGACUGCAGAUCGUUUUAGUUUUUCAUAUUUGAUUUGUUGUAGCCGAUCAGGAUGCCGGAGCUCAUAUCUGUGACUGAGUUUAUCUCAGAGACUAAUGAGGACUACAAAGCUCCAACCACCUCCAGCUUCACCACACGGAUGUCCCACUGCAGGAACGCGGUGGCAGCUCUGGAGGAGGUAGGAAAGUCCAUACAUGCCCUGUUACUGUAAAUGGGAGUGAACUGGUAUGAAUCAAACCAGGGAUUUUGUUAAUCGUUUAAACUUCCCAUUGUCCUCAUAAAAGCAGAUCAACAAGUAUACAUACUGGUCUUAUGGGUUUGUCACCACUUGAUUUAUAAAACUCUUGACUUUAUUUCAGAUCAGUAGAUCAGUGUUGCAGGCCUCUGUCACUCCACCAUCUCUUUGUGCAACUCCUUCAUAUUUCCAGUUUAUAAAGGGUGUUCGAUAAUUUGUUAGUUUUUGGCUGAAAAGAGGAACAGAGAGAAACACUUCCUCCUGUUAAAGUAGCAGUUGAGCUCAAUCUUUUGCAGCUCUUCAUUUUGUAAGACUUACAAGCUGCUUCUCGGUUUUGCAAUAUAGGGAUGAUGGUACAGCUUUGUUGACAGGAAUUAGCAGUCAGGGGUCAAAGGUUACAUGAGGAGAUGCAGUGGAAAAUGUAAAGCAGUCACAUUGUUGGUAUUGCCCUUUAAAUCUGGUUUAUUAGAGAUGCAGUUUUCAUUUAUCAUCAUUUGUGUUUGUUUUAGUAUUAUUUAUUGACAGGACUUAAUUUUAUUAUCUUCCUAUCUUGCAAAUUAUACAGAGACAAUAAAAACUUUCUUGACCUUUAAAACAAGGAUCUAAUAAAGACCACUUGACAGGAAGUAAAACCUAAGUUGAUGACGGUAAUAUAAAGGGAAUUUUUACUCAGAGUGUACAUUCGGUGGCUAAUCAUACAGCAGAAAACAGCCCAUACAUCUGCUAUUUUUUGGCUAGAAAAGUGAAGCAAAUGUCACUUCAUGUCCUCUGCAAAGCUGUGUUUGAGGCACAGGUAAAGAAAGUCGAUAUCUAAUGCAGAAGAGAGAAGAAGGUGCAACUUUGAAGCAAGAAACAGACAGUGAAAUGUCCUCCAAACUGUUGACAAAAGAUGGAAAUUAGAAACAUGGACAUUUGUGGCAGUUUGGCUUCAGCCCACUCGUGAGUCUAUGAGUGUUUUUAGAUUUCUGUUUUCUUGUUACGGAUGGAUUUAGAUUUGGCCUCACUUUCAUAUAUCUUUUUUAUCUCUAGCUUCAUUCAUAUCUGCUUGACUAUCUUCAGACAUCAAUAUCUCCACUUUUCUACAUUGUUUGUUCCUUUUUUAUCUAUAGUUUGUUAUUUUCUAUUUUUUUAAAUCAUUUUUCUUCAUGUGUAUUUAAUUAUCCAUUUGCGUCUGUGUUUGUUUCCAUCUCAUUAUCAUAUAACCGCACACCAGGUAAAUAAACAUAAUCUAUUGUCCACAAAAAAUCACUCAUUCACCUCUCUGCAGAUCUCUUAUCUCUAUGCUCAGUGAGGAAAUCUCAACCAUCCUUUGAGGAGAUUGAAGAUUUUUUUAUAAACGCAGGUCUGAACAGUGUGUAGUGUCUUCCCCUCCUGAUGCAUGCUGGGACGAUCACAGCCACACAGGUCCAUGACUCACCUGUCUGAUCGAGUCUGAACAGGACCCGUCUCACCCUGUCUGGGGCCUUUAAAGUAUCUCCAAUGGAUCCUUCCCGCCAUAUCCUCCUCUCUUAAACUGUCCGUCCUCCUUCACAGCGUUUUAAAACUCCUCUGUCACGUCCUGACAUGUUUAAAGUGUAGGGAUGUAGCUUUUUCAUCAGCAGCGUAAUUAUUUAAAUGAUCCCAAACAGAUCAGGUGUCAGUGUACACUGUGAAGACUUUAAAGAGGGGUCAUUUACAAAGGGCCAAAUCAUAAAAACCAAAGUUAUUUCAGGACACAUUACGAAUGUGAUAUUAUUUACAGAGACCCAACUUUGAUAUACUUUAACCAAGAAGAACUUUCUCAACAGGCAGAAAACUCAGGCAGAACCAGAAUCACUGAAGGACAGCUGUCUACCAAGACUGGAACUGAGACCAGCAGAUGGUCUGCCAAUAUUAAUGAUAUCUAUAAUGAUGAUAAUACAAGUGUAGCUUACACUGGUACACCUCAGAAAAGUGAAACAUAAUUUAAGACAGAGAUGCAAAUAUUAUUCAUUUUGUCAAAGGAUCGUGUUUUAAAGAGUUUAUUUUCAGGUGUUUUGGAACUCUGCACCAAAGAUUUUCAGAGAUAGAUGAUGAGAUCACAAUUUUUCAAACCAGUUUUGAGGUUUUUAUAUAUCAUUGAGCAAGCUGAGAUGUCUUAAGUAGGUCUUUGUGUUGUUUAGAGGGUUCCCAAACUUUUCAGCCCAUGAGAAAUGAGGCAGAAAUGAGAGUAGAAUUAUGAUUAACACAAUGUAGCAGCAUUAAAUAAGUAACGAAGGCAAAAAUCCACCAAUAUAUGAAAGAAAAAAAAAUGAUGUGAGGAAAAAAAGGUAAAAAUGUAGACAUUUAGAGGUUAAAAACCCAUGAUGUUGCAGUUACACUGCCUGAAAUUGAAAUAAAAGUUACAACUGAGGGUUUAAUAUGCGCCCCGUGUAAAGCCUAUCAAUAAAAAUGUGUUUUUAGAUAGAAUGAUAUUAGAGGUUUCUUUAAAAAGAAAAGAGAAAGUGCUACACAGGACAGUUUAAAGAAACCUGAAUAUCUCAUUGAAAAGUUUUCACUUCUCAAACGUCCUCUUUGGUUAUUCUUGCAACGUAACAGGCGCUUUUAUUCAAGACCAAAUGUCUCUCAUGAUGCAGCUUUAGAAAUACCUGCAUUUGAAAAUUUCAGCAGUGUUGUCAGUGUGUCUAGCGCAUAUGAAAAUAAGUUUGCAGGCAGGUAGGUAGGUCAGAGCAGGACUUUGUUGGUUUGAAAGCUGAAAAUAUGCUCCAGGUUUAGGUCUUUGGAGCUUUUUUAAGAUGUAUUUUUAACCUCAGAAAGAUCAGAGACCUGCAGCUGCUUAUUUCAGUCAUCUGACAUAAAGACCCACAUAAGAGGCCGGUACUGAAAUUUUAACUGACCUGUGUUUAUGAAAAACUAAUGCCACAGACCAAAGAUAUUUAGAGGUGCCAAGAACUAGUGUUGGUUAUUUACAGAAGCAGAUCUGACCUCCUGUUUAGCGACAAUGCGUCUAACUCUUUUUUUACAUGUGCUUCUUCUGCAAAGUCAUCUGUGUUUGGGAGGCUGAAUUUACCAAAUAUGAUCAACACCAGAGUGAGGCUCAUAACCAGGGUACUCAAGUCCAUGUAAACACUGUGAUUAAAUGGUUGUACUGUGGUGAUGUUUUUAUCCAGGACCAUAUUCUGUUUGUUCAAGUUGUCAGUUUUCGGCACAAACUCGACUUUAUCUUUGAGUCAAAGAGUAACCGAGCUUCUGGAUGGUCUGCAUGUUUCACGUGCUGACUCACCGAGCUGUGACUCAGCUGCAGAAAGCUCCAAGCUCAGGACGAUUAAAGUGCUGACGGUGUGAACUGACAGAGUUACGAGUAGAUCAGUGUUCCUGUUUCUGAGCUCUGUUCAGCUUCUUUAAAAAACAAAUCCAUAAACAUGGUCAGAAUAUGAGAAUAAAACACAACAAAAGUCUGGAUUUAUCAGGCCAAGCUCCUGAAUUCCUGGAAACUUUUGUCCCUUUUGGUCCUGGAAGAGUCUCCAGAGGCUUUAAGGUGUUUCCAGGUGUCUGAGAGUCAGUUUAUUGCUGGAAUUUUUCAGGUCUUUGCAAACAUAAAGAAUGAAUCUUUAUUCGCCCAAUUCUGGAUCUCUAAAAAGAAAUGAGCAUUCUAACACACCUUCACUGGUCUGUUUGAGCUGAUCCUCUGCAGAUCAGAUCAGUUUAUUUGCAUUGAUUAGAUGUUGUUCAGCUGCUCAUUUACAUGCAGCCUCCUGAUGUGACCUUAAUAUGAUUUUACUGGAGGAAGGACAAUAAAGUUUUUGCAUUCACGCUUUUGAAUUGUUUUAGUCUGAAACUAAAACUGUUUCCUGUUCAGUGUGUGAAGGCCGCUUACACUUUUACUGAGUGUGAAAAACUGAAGGUAGGACUGAAGGUCUUUUACUUUUACUAUCAAACUGAAGAAAAAAAGAAGCUGUUUGUUUUUUCAGACAUUAAACCGAGUCAGCGCCGACUCUGGAUCUCAAAAGUGAUGUGAAACUCAAGUGUGUUUGCAUAAUUUACUCCAUUAAAUUUAAAUUCUGUGGAUUUAGCAGCUGUAAAACACAUUUUAGAGGACUAUAAUCUAGAAAUAGACCAAUUCAUCAGUAAGGCUGACUAAUUUAUUCACAAAACAGAUUCAAAAAUAAUGACAAGCUUAUUAAUUGAUUGGACAACAGGAAGUCAAAUAAUGAUGAUUGAACUUUAGAUACAUAAAAAAAAGAAAAAACAGAAAAUGGAUUCAGAGGUAAAGACUAAUGCAGAUCAGUAUAAAUAAAAUAAAUGUAAUAAAAACAAUAAAAGAGUUCAAAGGUGAAAGGGUCAAUCAUAUAAAAAGUUAUAAUGACAAAAAAAAAUACAGAUGAGAAGUUAAAAAAAUUGGUUGGUAAUUAAUAAAAUGUCAAUAAUUUGAUACAAAAAUCAACCAAAAAUGUUAAAUUAAUUAGAAAUCAAAGCAAUGGUAAUAUAUCAUGUUUAAAAGCCAAACAAACAGACCUUCAGUUUACCUCUAUAGGUGUCAAUAUUUCAGCCCCUCUCAGAGUUCAAGUCUGCAGACACUGCAGGCAGUUUCAUCAGUGUCUGCUGCCAAUGUUUACGUAUCUGUAACUGUUUAAUAUGAAUUCUAUUAUGAUGUUCAGAAUAAUACAGUUUGAGUAUUUUUCUGUGUCAUUAAUUCAUUAAGAAUUCGUCUAAAACAUGUGACUUGCUAUGAUAACUGAACGCUGCAGAAGCAGCAGGAAGAUUUUAUUCAGCUGGUCUUAAAAAAGAGUCAGAGGAUGAUGAAGAAUCAAAUCUGAUCGUCACUUCUUUCCAACAACGACAGCAAACUGGCAGUAGAAGGAAAAAAGGCAGCGAUGAUCUAGAGCUCUAAAUUUGUGAGUGGUUAUACAGCAUGUAGGUGUCCUUCAAGGCUAAAGAGGGACGGGAGAUGAAACAGGGUGACAUUUCUCCUGUUUAAAGAUGCACAGCUGCUUCCCAGACAGACUUGAGGCUCUUAAUAAACAAUAAAAUAAACUAUCAGAUGAUAGUUGUUUAAAUUAGUGCUUAUAUGAAGCUGCAAAAAGAUGAACAGCAAAGUGAUCAGUCAGUGAAAAUGUUAUUUAUUAUAAUCUUGUUUUAUCUCUUAACACACCUCAGCCUUUCUGCUGCUUCUGUUGUAAGAUCCACCCUGACAAAACUGAGGGGCCCAUCAGUGUGAGAGAUAUGACACAUAGACAGACUCUUUGUAUGUGUGUAUUUGUCUGAAUGUAGAGCCAGAGUGUCAAACUGGCUUGCUGUGGUUGAAGCUGUGGCCUCCUGACCCUCCCUUUGAAUCUGUUUGUCCUCCUCAGGCUCUAGACGUGGACAGAUCAGUUCUCUACAAGAUCAAGAAGUCGGUGAAAGCCAUCAACACCUCGGGUCUGAGUGAGUAACAGAGUCUCGUCGCAGUCCGUCCCAAAAUACCCACAAAACCUCACUCUGCUAGUCACUUCCUGUCUGCACAAACACAGAACUACAACUUAAAAAAUCCACUCACAGAUCAGUCUCUGUCUCAGUCCUCAUCAGGUAACUUUGCGGUCUCCUCAUCACUCUCUAUAGUGUCAGUAACUUCUUGAUUCGGCCAAAUUUAAAGUCAAAUCAGGUCAGAAGCUGUCUGUCUGUCUUAAUGCAGACUUCUUAAGACUGCAGACUCCGUGACCGGAAUAAAAAUUUUCAAAGUCCAAAACUUGUAUUGUAAGGAUUUGAUAUUUAGAAACUGUUGGGAGUUUCUGAAUGAAAAUUCGACUCUGCUGUGGAGCUCAGACAGACCUGCUGUUCUACCUCAGCUUUGUUUCAGUCCCCCUCCAAGAACUGAACCUGUUACAGCUCUCUGAAGUCUCCUGGAAACACCACAGUGAACAAUGAGUCGGCGGUGCGUUCAGGUCUUCAGAGACUGUGUGGUGGGUUUGUGUUCAGGCAGGUGGAGUCUCACUUCCAAACAUUCCUGUCAUACUGCGCUCCUGUCCCAGCAUGCAUAGGGAGACUCCCGCCUCAUCAACCAAACUGCCUGUACUGACACAGAGAGGAAAAAAGAUCAAAUAAUACCAAACACCCUCAUGGUCCAGUGAAGUAAACCAACGUUAUAGUUUAUUCCUUAAACUGAUUGUGAUAUGAUCGUCUGAACUCCUGCUGGACAGAAACCUCAGAUCUGCACAUUUCAUCACAUGUUGUAUUUAAAAGAUUGUAAAAAAGUUUGUUAGGGAUUCCCAUGCAGUGUUUAGUUGCGUGGGAAAAAAAUCAAGUUUUCCUCUUACUCCCUGGAAAGUUUUGGUUUUGGAGGUACAGUUACAAUGUUUGGUUAUUUCAGUGAAUGAAAUCAGAAUGAGAGGAUGUAGCUGCUGAGUUAGGAGCUCUUACCAUGUUUUUAUGGCUCCAUGAAGAGUUUCAGCUCAAACCCUAAUUUUUCAUUUUCGCAGCAUACUCUUUGCUUUUACGUGUAUAUUUUUUAAAAAAAUGCAUCACAAAGCUAAACCAUGUCCAAACAGCAGAUGAACACAGUUAGAGGUCAGCCAGGGGGGUGGAAGAUUAGACCUUUUCUCACACCAUGCCACAACAACCUCCAGACUGUAUGAACAUGCAUCUUUUAUUUUCUCAUUUUCUAUCAGGUACAGAAAGACAGUGUGCAGAACCAUGACACAUCAACCCAUCAGGGUGGUGCUGUAAGCUUUAAGCAGUAUUAAUCAGCUGGGUACAGUGGAGACACUCAGUGCAGCUGUGCACCAGGUCUCCAAGAGCUCUUUUUGAAAGACACAGCAGCCACCAGAAAUGAUUAAAUGAUCAUAAAAGGUGACAUGAAGAAAUAUUUCCCAGACUAGCAAAGCUGGGCUGUCAGUAUCUCUGAAUACCAGCACCAUCAGUGCCAGCUGAGCAUGUUUUCUUCUGACCAAAACAUGACCAAGUCUAUUUUUCUCAGUAAGAACAAGUAUGCAAAAACUUGGAUUCUGGCGGUCUGAAAACUCCCUGUUUGGAUCUUCUGUUGCAGCAAUUCAAUUUUUUGAUUUCAUAGUUUUCCAGGUUUAUUUCCUUUAAAUUAAUGUGGAAAAAAUCCCCUCCAUUUCAAAAGUUAUGUGGUUAUGUGCUAAAUAUCGUAGUCUAACAUGUUUUCUGUGGGUCUCAGAUCACGUGGAAAAUGAGGAGCAGUUCAUCCAGUCCAUGGAGAAGUUUGGAGACUGUGCCAGCAGGGAGAACGCUGAGGUCGGCUCGGCUUUCCGAACAUUCGCAGUUUAUACCAAAGAGAUGACGGCGCUCUUCAAAAACCUGGUAAGGGAGUUCAUCCCACAGCGGGGUCGAACGUAAAUGUGAAACUGACCUUUAGAGGUUUUUAUACGAUGAUACUCAAGCUCUGAGCUUUGACACGACUUCUUGUUUUCAGCUGCAGAACAUGAACAACAUCAUCACGUUUCCUCUGGACAGUCUGCUAAAAGGAGACCUGAAGGGAGUCAAAGGGGUCAGUGUGACGUUUGCUCUGUUGGCCUGAAAAUCUCUGACGAUUGUUAUGAAGAACUUUUCAUGGACACUUUGGAUUUUUCUAAUUUUAACUCUCAUAAUGUCAAAAAGUAGUUGCAUGAACCUUUGAACAAACUAACUACAUGAGCUCAGGCAAAUAUUUAAACAGUCUUUUACCCAUAAAAAAUGAAAAUGAAAGAAGUUCAGACACUCAAAUAAGAGGACCUGGUCAGUGUAGUCGGUGUUCGGCCUCCCUGCCGUGUUUUUAUCUGUAAAAUAACUCUGAUAGCGUGCAGCGUAUCCUGACAUACUUCCCGAAUGAAUCACAGGUCAAAGUCCUCUCUCACUGUGUUCACUGUCAUGAAUGAAUGCUGCAAUGUGAUUGGUCGAGGCCCUCAUUAAUCACAUGACGUUUUAUCCUCCUCCAGGAUCUGAAGAAGCCGUUUGACAAGGCCUGGAAGGAUUAUGAGACCAAGCUGUAAGACAUAAAGAGGCCUCUUUAGAAGUUUUAGAAAUGUAUCUGUGAUUCCUGGAGUUUUGAAUUUGACCUUUGACCUCUGCAGAGCGAAAAUCGAGAAGGAGAAGCGCGAGCACGCCAAGCAACACGGGAUGAUCCGCACUGAGUUCACAGCAGGAGAGAUCGCAGAAGACAUGGAGAAAGAAAGACGACUCUUCCAGCUGCAGAUGUGUGAGGUGAGGUAACAAAUGAGGUGAACGAUAUCUACUGAUAUCAACAUUUCAUGUAAAUUGAACAGUACAUGGUUGAACGGAGAAUGAUGGAACAUGUCAAAAAAGUCAGAAUAGUCUUUUAGAAUCAUUAUUUUUUCCUCUUGUGUUGUUUCUCUGUUCAGUAUCUCCUGAAAGUGAACGAGAUCAAAGUGAAGAAAGGCGCCGACUUCCUCCAGAACCUCAUCAAGUAUUACCACGCUCAGUGCAAGUACGCCACUCUGCAGAAAAACAUGCACACACGAGUCAGAAUGAAGCAGGACAAACAUGAUAUUACUCAGAAAGAGAAAUUCCAACAGAUAUCAGGAAGAUUCAAGUUGAUCUAGAAGAAAACGGUGACACCCAAGAAUAGCAAACAAGAAUAAACAUAUUAAUACCAUGUAGUUUUUCUUACAUGUUUCACUUACCGUAAAACUCCUAAUAAAAGACCAUCCCAAGAUUUUCCUGGCUAUAACUAGCAGCAGCACAUCAGAAAAGCUUUAUUUAUGCUGAACAAUACAAACAGUAUCAAAAGCAUCAUGUAAAGGACUGAGAGCCUGUGUUGGAGUGGAGCUGUAAAUAACUCUAUCAUCUGCAUACACAUGAAAAUUUGCAUUAGGGACAUUCUGAUGACUACUGUUGAUAUGAUUGUAAUCAACAGUGGUCCUAAAAUAGAGCCCUGGGGCACCACGUAUUUGUUUUAGCAGGGUGUGGCUGCGAGUUUUGAUGAAUAGAGUCUCAAAUAAAAAGCCUGUAUACAUAAAUUGUUGAUCAGGUUGUCUGUGCAAUGAAGCAACAGAUAAUUCGAUGUUACCCUGAAAGUUUCCCUUAAAGAAGUUUGUUUCCUUUAAAAGUUUUUGUGUACUAAAAAUGUUCUGUUUUGUGUGUUCAGUUUCUUCCAGGAUGGUCUGAAGGCCGUGGAGAGUUUGAAACCCACAGUAGAGAAACUGACGACAGACCUGACGGCGGUGAGGACUUAAAACUUCAUUGUAAUAUUAAGAGUUCAGUUGUCGGGCUGCAACACGUAACUAGUUCAAUUCUAGUGGGGUUUAAUCUUAGUCCCAUUUUGUUUUCAGAUAUUAUCGCAGUUCAAAUACAGAUAAGAUAUAGAGUGGAUGCUGCAGCCGGUAAAUAGGCUGUUACAAGUGCAACUUGUAACAGCCUAUGUUUCAAAACAUUUCCACUAAAAGUUUCUGUUAUUGUCACAGACUGUUGUGAUAUUACUUUACAGAAAGGAUCCGUACAAAGAGAGACUUUUUUAUUAAAGAGGAACAUGAUUAUUUAACCAAAAACAGCUGUUAUGUAACUCUGCCAACGUAUCAAACUACACUGUUAAAAAUAAUGAUUUUACUUUGAUGAUGACAUGAGUUUUGAGUCUACUGUUGGUUAACUAUCAGUCAGUCAGUCUGUUUGUGUUGUGAUCUGACUUUUGUGUUUUUAUUGAUAAGUUCAGAUUUCAAACAAACUUUCCAGAUCAGUCAGCAGACAGAUCACUUCUGUUCUGUAAGUGAAAUUACUGAUUUUGGCAGUGGAUUAUUGGUUCAGGAUGUCCUGGUCCUCUUGAAUGUAAUUUUUUUGUUUGUUUUUUUCCUCUAGGAGGUUAGUAAACUUGUGAUUUAUUUGGUUAAAGAUGAAACAGGACACUUGUUCAAUCAAUCAAUCUUUGUUUCGUAACGAGUGUUUUCCCUACAUGCUCCACAAAAGCUGGUCUCAACCAGACUACUGUAUGCUUACAAAGACCCAGUGUAAAGAUACCAAGUUAGUAAGCCCUGAUCGGAUUUAAUAUAAGAUUUUAUAAAUGUGUGUCUCCUCAGAUCAAACAGACUCAGGAUGGAGAGAGGAAACAGCUGAUUCAGCUGCGGGACGUCCUGAAGGCUUCGCUGCAGACUGAGCCGAAAGAAGUGAGUUUGUACUGAUAUUAAAGAUUAUCAUCAUCUACAGAGAGAGGAUGGUGUUCAUCUGUCAUGGUUACCUACAAUUAACUGCUCUGUGUGAAAACUACAAAGGAAAUCAUGUCACAUUCAUUGAUAAAGACUAUCAUAGAUGUUUCUCUAAAUAGAUAUCAGUCAAUCGCUCUUGAUUUAUCUAGCAUCAAAUCACUACAAAUGUUUUCUCCAACAACAGCAGGUCUAGUCAGCUCUUUGUUUAUAUUGUCUGAAAUGACCCAACAUCAAGAUAAGAUCCAAUCUUAUUUCAUCUUCAGGUUGAGUCUUAUCUCAGUCCUCCAUGAACAGAGUGAAAAUAUGUCGUACAUCAACUACAGUAGUAUCUUAUUCACACACGUGAGCACUGCUGAACCAGCUUUUGACUUUUGUGUUGUUGCCCUGAGUCUUGGCACCAAAAACUAAAUGAAGUGGACUAAAAGUCGACCAUAUUUGCCUUUUACAUGUAGUCAUGGAUUGAAAUAUUCAGGUCAAUUACACUGAAAUCUGACCACUGUGGUACAAUAAGUUAUUUACAUGUCACAGCUGUAUUCUAUCAUUUGCUGUACCCCUCUCACCUCUUCCCUGAACUCUAGUGGAAGCUCACAGUACUUCAGAUUACAGUCACGGAUGUUUCAUGUUUUUGGGGGUUUCUUGGGUCUUUUCAGGACACUCAGGCCAAACAGAACGCAGGUUACAGCCUCCAUCAGCUGCAGGGAAACAAGGCUCACGGCACGGAACGCUCCGGAUUCCUCUUUAAGAAAAGCGAGGGGUGAGUGAACUCCAUAUCCCAGAGUUCCACAGGAAAAUGACUUUUCCUCAAAGCAGCUGUUCGGAUACUUACAAACUCACUUUAAAUCAGAAAAUAUUCUGCUUCACUUUUAUUUUUUUUAAAGUCGACCACAACAAAAACUUCUUGAUCACCUUUUGAGGCUAACAUGCAGUAUCUACAAAGUCCACUAGAGGGAUGUUGCGCACUCUUUGAAAGAUUCUUUUGUAGUAUUUUCACGUGAUUACCCUCAUUGCAGUGCUUAUCAGACUCUGAAACGCUUUAUUUUGUCUGCUUUUACAUUGAUAUGGAGUCAGACAGGGCUUGUGGGUGUUACUUUUUACACAGCUUUCCACGAAAGGACCUGAAAAUUAUACACUAUGCUCCCAGGUUAGCUCUUUUUUAAAUGUUAUUUUUUUUAUUAUUAUAAGUCACCUGCUGUUAAUAUGAAACUUCCAGCUUGUGGUUCUGAGUCUUCAUAGAGUGUCUUUAUGGAUUGGACAACUAAAGGAUUUAGUAACAGCAGCUGAGACUCAAAUCUAGCUUGUUCUGGUUUAGCCCAAGUCUGGUGAAGUUCUCAUUGCGAGCUGCUUGCCGCUACCAGAAAACACAUCCUAGAAUCACACCAGCACCCAAAUAUGUCAUGUUUUGGGAUUUUGCUGAUGUCAAACUUGGACCUUUGGUAUGAGCUAGUGAAGACCGUCUCAGCUGGACACAGGAGUUUAUUGUUUGAACCAAAAUGUGUUGUCAGCAAGUCCCAUCUCCUUGCAGACUGAGGAAAGUGUGGCAGAAGAGGAAAUGCUCGGUGAAGAACGGUUUCCUGACGAUCUGCCACGGCACGGUAAGAUGCCACACCCUCUUCUUCUAUUGGCCCUCCUGCAUGAGAAGCUCAGCCCUUUUGCUUGCAUGCCGUCAGCCAAUGAAACGUCUCCUUCUGGGUUUUAUUUUCUUAUUUUUUUCCUUCUUUUUUUUCCUUCUUCCUCUUUUAUUUUGAAGUUUUUACAUGAAGAGUCAAACGGCGAAUCAGGACAGAGCAAGCAGCAGAGGAAGAGAAAGAGGAGGAGAAGAAAGAGCAUAAGGAAAAGGAUGACAGAGAGAAGGGUGGGAACAGGACAAAUCUGGUUCAAAUCUGAGAUGCUUGGUGGGAGGGAGAGGGGUUUCACUAAUGCAGCUUUAUUAUUUCACUUUUCAACCUUUCAUUUCUGCUUCAGCUCUCACAGCAUAACACCGAUUUCAGCACAAAAAGCCCAGCAUAAGAAAUAUUCAGCACGUCUGGGCUUUAGGGCUUUGUUUGUGAUAUAAUUAAAAGAUUUUACCUGAAAGAAUAAUGAUAUUAAUGGUCCAAAGGGGACGAAUCCUGGUGAUUUUAACGAUGUAAUCACUUUUUUAAAUUCCAGAACCACCAACAACAGUCUAAAAGACCUUCCUACCAGAACUUUAAAACAUCACCAGGCUCCAUUCUUAGGCAAACUUGCAUUACAGAAGCCAAGAGCUGUCAAGACAGCAGCUUUGAUUUGAUCUAAAACGUUUCUGUGGUUAUGGGUUGCUUUAAAAAUACAACAAAUUUGCAAUAUUUUACAUCAAAAACUUUUUUUAAUAACAUCAGCCUCUCAGAAAUAAGCAUAAUACAUGGCAAUUCUUGCUUUGCCUUGCUACUCUUUAAGCUAUCAUCUCAAGUGUCCUUGCUGACACGCUUACAGCGUCAAUGCUAACAUGCUAAUUUAACGCUGAUACAGUCUUCACAUUGUUACCCUUUUUAUUUUAGCUUCUUAUCUGGUUUGAGAACAAAUACGUAAAGAGCAGCGAACUGAAAACAGCAAUAAAUAAACUUAAUGUAUCAUCUCAAGAAUGAAACUGCAGUGUUCCACUGGGCCUCACAUCUUAGCAUAGCAUCUUAAGCUAACAUGUACAUGUAUGCUCAUAUAUAAGAUGGAAAUAUAAAGUUAGAGCUGGAGCAGUUCUGCAAGUACAGGUCAUAAAUCAAGGUUUGACAUGCUUAAAUGUUGACCUCAAUGAAAAGUCAAAGAAAGGUUAUAAUGGUUCAUCCUCUGGGGUGUGUAUUUGUGUGCACAGCUGGUAGAAAAAGAUCCACCCAGGAAAAAAAUACUGAGGUAUUUCAGGAACUGCUCCUGGGUGUUAUUUUUUACACAGCUCUGUAGACAUGAAUGAACCUGCAAGUUCUGCCUUUCCAGAAUCAGUGUAAUGGUAUCUGUGAGUUUCUACAUGAGUUCCCUUUGAGAAGAUGUUUGCUUUUUUUAUGUUACCCGCCGUUCAGGUGUCUUUUCCAGUCUGUUGCUCUGAGUCUGAAUGAAGGUCUUUACAGAUGUACAGCUCCAGGUUUCAGUACCAGCUGAGACUCAAAUCCAACUCAAACUGGCCUUUGUUUACAGAAGAGUCAAAGCAUUGUCACAGUGUUGAUGAUCCUUAUAUGCUACUGUUUAGCAGAUAUUUGAUAUUUAAUCUAUUAUCAACAACGAAAAGUUAAUGGUCAGAUUAUUCUCCUCAACAUAUCUUAAUUUAGCAUACUAACUAGCAUACUAGCACUACUUACCUAAGCUAGCAAGCAGUCUACACAAAUGUGAGUUGAGUUAAAGGCCAAGGUCAUCAGUUUGAAGUUACUCAGCCAUAAACCAAAUAAUUUUCAUAGUUAAAGCAGCAGGGAUGAGCUCAUAAAUCAGGCUGAUGAUGUGUUGAGGCUCUGAGGUUGAAAUCACAUUGAGUGGGUGAGAGGUAGGGCUGCUGGAUAAUAGUAAAAACCAAAAUCACUAUUAUUUUCAUUUACACUGAUAUCACGAUUAUUGAAAUUGUUUGAAAUCUGCAUCCCACACAUUUAUGCAACUUCAAACGUCUUUACAACUCAAAACUUCUUUAAUGCACAGUAAGUGGAAAAACUAUUUUGCUGUCCUUUUUGUUACUUUUUGCUAAAGUCUGAUUCUUUGCCCUGCUUCUUGUCUCUCAGGCGAACAGACCACCCGCCAAACUCAACCUGCUCACCUGCCAGGUGAAAAGGAACCCAGAUGAGAAGAAGAGCUUCGACCUGUUUUCACGUGAGCAGCAGACACGCCUAUAUCUGUUAACACAACACUUAAACAUGGUGACUGAUUUAUAAAUAUAAUCUCUUAUUUCCUCUCCACAGAUGACAGAACGUAUCACUUCCAGGCUGAGGAUGAAGCUGAGUGUCAGAUGUGAGUACAUUAGACUUCACUCACCUGCUCCUGAAAUUUGACCCAUAUUGAAGCUCUGAUCUGAUGUGGUGUUUUCAUGUCUCAGCUGGGUGUCCGUGCUGCAGAACAGCAAAGAAGAGGCGCUGAACAAAGCGUUUAAAGGUGACCAGGACGAAGGAGAGAACAACAUCGUUCAGGAGCUGACCAAAGCCAUCGUAGGAGAGGUGAAGAGGAUGAGUGGCAACAACAGCUGCUGCGACUGUGGAGCUCCUGGUCAGUAGAUCUGCUGGUACUAAUACUGCUGUUACUGUUACUUACACAGCCAGAGCUCAGGCUGCAGCUGAAGGGAUCCUGUUUGUGAUAGCUGAGCAUAAAGUAAAUAUUACUACCAGUGAGGUUGUGGAGAUACCGCUCUCACCACUGCUGCAUCCAGCACUGUAAUUAGCAACCACUCUGCCACCAACGUGGAGCUGUAUUACCUGGUGCAUUCCUCAGCUGACAGUCAUGCUGGUCAGACGAGUUUCUGCAGGAAUGAAUUGCUGCAGAGUUUCUCUGUUUAGCUGUGAGAUGCGAACAGGUCCCAAGUUUCUGCCAAGCUGUCUGUCAGCAGCCGACUCUGCUGGUUUUGUUGUUACUGAAUGAGAAAUCAAACAUCAUUGUCUGGGUCAGAGCCUGAAAACAGGCGGAAACGAUUAGUCAGGGGAGACAAGUGAUGACUGAUAUUCACUCUGAUGCUCAGUGACAGGUUGAACCAACAACAAAAGACAGCUCCUCUUGAAAGAGGAGGUUUGAAAUAUUUAACAGUAUGAAUUCAACAACAACAACAAAAAUGAAAACUAAACAACUAAAGCAAAUACAAGGAAUAAGAGUGCACGGACGAGCAACAGUCUCUAAAAAAACGUUAAAACUGGAAGUAAUACGGAUCAACCCAAUAAACAUGAAUCAAAGUCAGAGAUGGAAAAUUAACUUAUUGGCCAGUUUUUCAGGUGUUUUGAAGUAAUGGUCAUCAUAUCAGUAUCGACCCUCACAGUACCGAUGUCAUGCCAGGAUGCCAGGACACUCUAGCGAAAAAGAUUUUUAAUUUCAAUAUGGUUUUCUCCUGGUUAAAUAAAAUGAAAAAUCAUGCAUAUUUUUUUUAAAAGAAAACACAUUUAAUUUUCCCCAAUGACAGAAUGAUAAAUCUAAAUCAGUUACUGGAUAGUGUUUGAUAUAAAUUCUGGUAUGUUGUGUAGAAAAUGCAGGUUAGUCUUUGUCCUGACAUAUUCUGAAAUCUAGAGUUUAACUUCAUGUAAUUUCUCAUUUCCAAUCUGCAUUUCUUCAGUAAGUGAGUAAAGCGUUCAGAUAUAAAUAUAAUGGUUCCACUUUCUGGUCCCGUCAGCUCCUACCUGGCUGUCCACCAACCUUGGGGUUCUGAUUUGCAUCGAGUGCUCUGGGAUCCACAGAGAAAUGGGAGUCCACUACUCAAGGAUCCAGAGUCUGGACCUGGACGUCUUGGGGACCUCGGAGCUGCUGGUGAGUCUACUUUAACCAUCUCGAGAAGACUACUGUAACAUAUUUUUCCAACAUGUAAAAUACCCAUUAUUUGCUUUUAAACUGGCAUGUUGCGUUUUAGUUGGCGAAGAACGUGGGAAAUAACAGCUUCAAUGAAAUCAUGGAGGCGGACCUUUCAGCGCAGGACAUAACUAAACCCGAUCCAAGCAGUGACAUGUGAGUUAGAUAAUCCAAAUCCAGAUUUAACUCUGAUGUUUUGGAAUCUAAAGUGACCUGAGUCUCUGAAUAUGAAGGUGAGAGAUCUCUGAAUUUUUGUUUCCAGGCAGAUGAGGAAGGACUACAUCACGGCUAAGUACACUGAAAAGCGUUUCGCUCAGCGGCUGUGUGCCGACGCAGCAUCCAGGCUACAGACUCUGUACGAGGCCGUCAAGAACAGAGACAUCAUGUCCCUGAUUCAGGUCUACGCUGAGGGGGUGGACCUGAUGGAGGCCAGUACACAGCCCAAUGAACAUGUAUGUAUAAGCUGAUUAUUUCCUGUUAUAUGUUUUUACAUUCAGAGAUUUUGUCACUUGUAAAAACUUUCAUUUCUAAAGGUGAAAUCUGAGUAGUUUUAUUAAAGAUAUAUUUAAAAAAGAAAAAAAACAAUAUAUUUACAUAUUUUUGACCUUCUUUUUCUGACCGGUGCAGUAGUUAUCACUGUUACCUAUAAGCCGAAACUUCCUUUAAGAGUUUGUAUGAACAUUAUUUGCUGAUUUGCCUGAAUUCAGUGACGUUUGAUGAAAAUUUCCUUUAGCUAAUCAGAAGGUUGUUUCUAUUGAGAUGAAUUUUUCUCUUUCAGGAACCUGGAGAAACCGUGCUGCACCUGGCAGUCCGAAUGGGUGACAGAAACUCCCUCCACAUCGUUGACUUCCUUGCCCAAAACAGGUGACCACUGCAGUCCAAAGUUUUUUAAAGUGUCUUUUGUUUAAUCCAUUUCAGUGAAAAUUCACAUCAAUUAUCAUGAGCACUGAUGUCCAGUAUGUUGAUGAAAUUUACAGGCACUGACUUUGAUGAUUUGAACAUAUUCAGACUCAGGACUGUAAAAAGGUCCCGUCAAACUUGAAAGAUUCAUAAUUCAUGAUACAUCCUCUGCAUACAAGACAAUUACAACCUCCUUUAUAAACUGUAAGUCUAAGCUUAGAUCUUUAGGAGCCAGGUGAAUUGACAGUUGAAGCAGAUUUUAUAAGACAAAAGUAUUUAAGAGAUUUUCUUUGUGGUUUUAGAUCUGUUUACACUCAUCAUUGCUUCUGUUGUGAUUGCAAAUGAUCCAUUGGUGCCAUAAAACAACAUUCAGCUGCUUUAUUUGUAGAUCUGUCUAAAGCAUGGGGCCCAGUGUAUUAUUAGCUACUACAAAUCAAACCUAGAACUGCUGGUUUAACAGGUUUAAGAAUUCUUUGACAGAGCUCAAACUCAGUGUGUCUAUGCAGAGGGACAUAAAUCUGUUUGUCUUAAGAUCACUAAAGGUGUCCACCAGGGUUCUAUUCUCGGGCCCAUUCUGUUCUGUAUUUUUACAAAUGAUCUGAGUGAGUACAUCUAAUCAAAAAUACUCCUCUAUGCUGAUGAUACUGUCAUCUACACCUAUGCGCCUUUUGUCUCAAAAGCACUUCAAGAGCUUCAGACAGAGUUUCAGUCUUAAACAGCUAAACCCAAUUUAGAUCCAGUUCAAAAUACAAAAGUACAGUACAAGUACAGUAGUAUUGGCAUUGAUUCUUUAAUCAAUUUAGGGUGUUGGUAUUCUUUUCUACUGUCUGUAAUAGUUGUGUGCAAGACAUGUGCCUUCAUGCAGGACUGUGGCGUUUUAGCUUCAUAUAUUGCCUAAAUAGCUUUAUAGUUGUAAUAUAAGGUAAGAUCAGAUAAGAAGAACUUUAUUUACCCCCGAAGGGAAAUUCAACUGUCUGUAGUCUCAUUUGUCAUGUCUCAAAAAAUCAUCUACUGUUCAUAGAAGAAUUGUAAAGUCUCAUGGCUGUGGGCACAAAAGAUCUUAUGAAUCUUUCUGUCCCGCGGUGAAGAGAGACAUACGUAUUUUUGUGGGUAACUCUAAAAUUGAAGUUGGUCAGAUAGAGAACCUGCUUCAUAAUAUCUUAAGUUUUGCUGAUGCUAAAAGAAAGCCCACUCUUCCGGAAAUUACUGAAUCUGCUCAUUGUGCAAUAUUUUGCUUUGUUUAUUUCAUUGUGAAAGCUUACUUCCUUAAAGCUCCUUGUUAAUGUUGCUAUUUGCCAUAAAAACAGAUGUACUUCACUAUUGAAUGCAUUAUAGUUUAUUAGACCUUUUAUUAGACCUAUAUUAUAGGAGACCUGGUAAGGGGCUUAUGAGUGAUGGUCCCCUGAUGUGUAGUAAAAGAAGAUUUGUGUGGUCCCCAUAUGUCAAUUAAACAUGUACUUGUGUUUGAUGUCAGCGGUAACCUGGAUAAGCAGACGGCCAGAGGAAGUACAGCGCUGCAUUAUUGCUGUCUGACGGGCAACAGCGAGUGUCUCAAACUGCUGCUGAGAGGAAAAGCUUCAGUGUCCAUCAGUAAGACCACAAACACGCAGUGCUACUUUAGUAUCCCUGUUAUUAGACUCUGAACAUCAGUAUGCUUAUAUCUUUACCUUCAAUUCUCAUGGUAUAAAGUAUUAAAAUGUGAGCCCCAACCCAACUGCAUGGAGCAGCUGAAGAAGCAGUUUGGAGUUUGGAUCGUCAUUUGACGUUAAAUUUGUCUCCACAGCUAACGAAGCAGGAGAGACGCCACUUGACAUUGCCAAACGCCUCCGACACACCCAUUGUGAAGAGCUGGUGAGGCUUUCUGUUGAUUUUAAAACAAAAACUGGAAAAAAAUAAACUUGUGAAACUGUUACAAUACAAGACUUUUUGUCUAAAGUUAUUCAGAAUAACAGCUAAUAUAUUUGUGAAUGUGUCGACUCACCCUUGAAAUCUCUAAAACCUGAGGGCGGUAAAGUUUUAUCUAUGUAUUAACCUGUGACUCAGAAAGUUCAGAUUAUUUAUUUUCAUGUGUCUUUCAUUCAUUAAAAGUUUGUGAUAUUAUUUGGAUGGACAGAUCGAAAUUAAAUUGAUUGAUAUUACAUUAAACACAGUAUUGUUUGUGUGUCUCAGUUGACUCAGGCUCAGACAGGAAAGUUUAACGUCCAUGUCCAUGUGGAGUACGAGUGGCGUCUCCAGAACGAGGACCUGGAUGAGAGCGAAGACGAGAUGGAGGACAAGGUCAGCUGCUUCUCUGUGAAUCUCUUUAAAGAUUUUAAAGUUUAAAGGUGUAUUUUCAGAUUCUUAACUGCCUGUGUCCUGCAGCCAAUCCCUAACAGGAGAGACGAGCGUCCGGUCAGUUGUUUCGUGCCGGGCAGCAGCCCCAUGCAGCCCAACAUGGCGGCACUGGCCCGGGAUGCUGCCUUCUUGGCGCGGGACAAGCAGCGGCCCAGUAUGAUGAUCAGCAACGAGACAUAUGGCACCAUGAUGGACCUCAAUCUGCCACCACCGGGACCAACGCCACCGCUGCCCCCUAGAGUGCCAAACAGAGGUUCGAGUGUGGAUGUAAAAAAAUAAAUAGAUUAAAACAAACUGAUGAUAAUAUUAAAAAGAUCAAUAAGAGAUUAACCAAAUACAGGAGGUGGGUCUGUCGUUUGCUUUUUGAACAAAUCUACACAUAAAUCUACACUACAAAAAUUAACCUGAACUUGAACACGUUUUAAGAUUGGAUUUUUGGAUUUGGAUUAAAACUUUGAUUCACUUUCACAAAUCUGAUUUUUUUCUUAACUCCCCUAAAAUCCUGCUCCCCAGUCUAUAUAUCAUUUAUCUAUUCCCUGAUAUAAUGAGUGUAUUGUGUCUCUGUUUGGUCUUCUUGCAUGUUCAGGUCACAGUAAACCUGCCCCCAUGGAAACUGUUGGAAGACAAAGAUCGUCCUCUGACCCCCCCAACCCUCAAACUCCAGAAAGGAACUCGUCAAUGUACGGUGGGUGUCUCAGCCUCUGGUUGAAUAAAUAAUUUUCAUCCUGUAAAAGUUUGAGUUGAUGUGCACCUUUCAUCCUGGAGAUUCUUGUGAAUCAGGUUUUACUCCUCUCCAAGUUGAAUCCAAAGUAAUCCUGGAUCUGGUCUCCCCCCAGUUCUCCCGGCAGCUCCUCCUCCUCCAGUGAGCAAGAGGUCCAGCAUGUUAGACACCAAGACUCUGUCGGCCAAGAACACCCCCCUCCCUCCUCUUCCUCCCCCACCAACAACAGGACUCCCCCCAUCACCCAUAGCACCUAGCAUCCCACCUCCACCUCAUUAUAAAGCUCCACCCCUCCCCCCACCAGUCCCCAGUCACCAAACCAGCAGACCACCUGGACCCAAGUCACCAAAAUCACCAACUGGGUAUGUACUGGACUGUGGUUGAUCCCAUUGGACAUUAGUGGACAGUACUGGGCUGUAACUGGCUGCACUGGUUUUUAAGAGGCUUUGAUGGACUAUACUUGACUGUACUGAUUUCAAUUGGCCUGGUGACCAAAUUGGAAGCACACUGGACUGAACUGGGUUUUAUUGGACCAUACCGGAUAGUGAAACCGUAGCUGACUUAACAGAUCUGAACUAGAUAUUGAAUUUCCCUUCUGGGAUUAAUAAAGUUCUUCUUAUUCUUAUUCUUAGAUUAGUGUGGGUCUGGGCUGGUUGUACUGGGUGUGGGUUAAACUCUCUUUGAUGUUGAUUGAUUUCAGAUCAGGGAAGAGUCCUCCACAGAGACCUCCCGUCAGGACGCCCUCUUUGGACAAACGAGGUAAAAGCCACCCAUUUGGGACAGGUCCUGGUCCAAAUAACCAAUCGAAAUGUUAACAUUAAAUGAAUUCUAAACUUGUUGUUUCUUUGUCUGCAGCAUCAUUGUCCAAAUCCCCCCAGAGUCCAAAUCCUCCAACACCCAAACCCAGAAGCACCUACUCCGUAAGUCCUCGGAGACACAAACACAGAGGGGUUUUUAAGUUAACACAGCAGAGCACAGAAAAGAGAUACGAAGACUUUAGUGUCAUUUUACUGAGUUAACCCUAAAACACUAUUGCUAAAAUUAGUAACGCCAUCACUAUUGCCAGCUGAUUUUUAGCCAAAAAUAAUAUAAAGUACUUGUCAUCAAAAUAUAUCAAAAUAGGACAAUACAUGACCAAUUAAAGGAUUUAUUUAUUUAUUAUUUUUAACCGUGCAAUGUCCAAAGUGAGGAAAAAGGUAAAAAAGUGCCAUGAGGGGGACCAUAUAACAAUGCAUCAAAAUAACUAAGAUUAGGCAUUCAUGAUAUUUCUCAUCACCAUAUUAAUUCCCUUGAAAAUCAUUAUUUUGUGAUAGUUAUUCAUAACUACUGCACUAAAUAAAGAAAGCAUACAAAUUCCAGGACCACUCUUGCUGACCUUAUUCGCCUUCAUACAGCUCUCAAAUCCACCCAAACCUACUUUACCCUCUAUCACUAUUGCCAGGUGAAUAUCACCUGAACAUGUGCCUGUAGGAAAAAGCAGGUUUUGGAUCUGGGAAACAAAUAUGCCUUCAAAGAUGUCAAAGGCAAUGCUGAAGCUACCCAGAGACCCAUGAUACUCAGACAAACGCAACAUAAUGAAAAUCACACAAACAUGUUUGGUUGUGUGAAAAUCACCCGUCGAUAGUGUUCUAGGGUUAAAAGAUUUAAGACAAGUGCAAUGAUACCCUACAGGGUGAAAUCGUAUUCAACGAGUGUCUCUAUAAAACUUGUGUAUUUGUGUGUUUGCAGAAGCAGAAGCCUCAGAGGGUGAAAGCCAUCUACAACUGUUCAGCCGAUAAUCCAGACGAGCUGACGUUCAGUGAGGGGGAGGUGAUCAUAGUGGAGGGGGAGGAGGACAGCGAUUGGUGGGUGAGUGAUGAUUACACCCCCCAAACAGGAAACGCAUCAUCACUUCUCUCUGAUUACAAACUCAUACAUUGGAUUUUCUGAGUCGAGGUCUGUGCUGCGUUUCAGGUUGGUCACGUUGAAGGAGAGCCGACCAGGAGAGGAGUGUUUCCCGUUACCUUCGUUCACUUCAUCACAGAGUGACGUCUUCGUAAACUUCAUUUUAUCUUACCCACCUCAGACUCUAAGUGAUCCUCAGGAGACCUGGACUAGACUGAACACUGAAGCUGCCUUUUGUUCUUCCUGAAGCUUCAUGCAAACUUUCCCUCUCAGUUACUUUUCACUAGAAAGUCGGAGUUGAACCCUGCAGGAUUUCACAGAAUCCUUGAAGUCCCAUUAGGUGAUCAUUUUAUCUGGGUGCAAAAGAUAUGAACCUGUCCAUGUAUCGGUUUUGUCCUCCAGUUUUGACAAGUGUUCAAGGUUUAUACUCGAUUCUAAUAUCUGAAUUUAAGUUUGCAGGUUAAAUAAUUGAACUCCAAAAAGUCUAGUGGCUGUUUAAGUUUGGGAAAAAGGUUUGACCAAGUAUAAAUUUAGGGGUAAGAUCAACUCAUUUCCUUAAACAGUUGAGAUUUAAGUAAUCUUAAUAAAAAAUAAUAAAUUAUGGCAUCAUUAAUACCACUUUAAUAGUUUGCUUUAUGGGACUUUAGGAGCUCUCUAGGACCCAUGGAAUUUAAUUUGAAAUGCUGAUACGAACAACUUAGUUUUUAAAUGCCAAAAACUUACAUUUCUACCAGGAAAAUUAAUUUAAAAAUUGUCCUGCAGACUAAAAAAUAGUCUCAAAUUUAAAUGACACUUAAAAAGGAGCAUUUAAAACAUGUUGUGUUUCCAUAAUCUUUCCAAGGACCUCUCUUUUUAUACUAAUUUAGCUUCUCAGACCUGUGAAUGGAAAUCUGUUCCAGCCAACAUUUAUAUUUUACAAAACUGUUUAAAGAAAAGGAUUUCCCAGUUUACUGUGGAGGAACUGGACUGGAAGAGCUGGAUCCAGACCUGGUAACCACCAUCAGUGCUGGACCUCACUGAUGCUCUGGAGUCUGAAAUCUCUGCUGCAGGUUCAACAUGACGAGGAAAGACUGGACUCAGCAGUGACAUGAUGCUGUUACACACAGGGCUGUCCACAAACUUUUGUCCAAUUUUGUAUUUGAUAAAGUUCUCUGUGACAAACUCUCUGCUGCUGGAAUCAAACCUGAGAUGUGACAGCUCCUGAAAACACUUUUUAAUGUUGUUAUGUCAAACCUGCUGAACUGUUUCUUGAUUUUCAUGUUGGCUGAAGGGAAUCUCUGUGCUUUUGUUAAUAAGAGGAGGUCAAAAAUGAACGUCCAUAUUGAUUUUACUGUAUUAUUCUCCUAUAACACACAGGUGCCAUUAAAAACAUCCAAAAUGCUUCUUUACUUAAAGAAA